GAGCAGGGGGUUGGACUAGAUGACCUCCUUAGUCCCUUCCAACCCUGAUAUUCUAUGAUUCUAUGAUACCUCACACAACAUACUUUCUACAAAACAUAUCCUAAUUACAUGACAGUGGUGAAUAUUGGGGUGCCAGGGUGUCACAUGGAGCAUUGCUAGUUUGUGGGUGUGCCCUACCUGCAGGACGGGACUGUCACUCACGGAUCAGACUCAGCAGCCAUCAAAGACUCAUUGGCGCAUGUAAAGAGCAAUGAUGCCAUUGGAUAUUCCUACUUCUCAGAAAGGUUUUGAAUUACAUCACUCUUUCUUUUCCAGGUGUUAGAAGAAACAUGUCUGCGGGGACAAAAGAAAAAAAAUGGUGGCACAGGUUUAUUUUGCUAGAAUCCAGUGGUCAAAAUAAACUGGAGCAGGGGUAUACAGUUACCUGUGCAGACGCCAUACCAUGGCAAGCAUGGAGCCCGCUCAGCUCACUUUGGCAAUUAGGAGCACAUUAACCACCACACGCAUUAUCCAGCAGUAUAUGCAGCACCAGAACAUGGCAACGCGAUACCGGGCGAGGAGGCGACGUCAGCGCGGUCCCGUGAGUGAUCAGGACAUGGACACAGAUUUCUCUGAAAGCAUGGGCCCUGACAAUGCAUGCAUCAUGGUGCUAAUGGGGCAGGUUCAUGCUGUGGAAUGCCGAUUCUGGGCUCGGGAAACAAGCACAGACUGGUGGGACCCCAUAGUGUUGCAGGUCUGGGACGAUUCCCAGUGGCUGCGAAACUUUUUGCAUGCGUAGGGGCACUUUCAUGGAACUUUGUGACUUGCUUUCCCCUGCCCUGAAGCGCAUGAAUACCAAGAUGAGAGCAGCCCUCACAGUUGAGAAGUGAGUGGCGAUAGCCCUGUGGAAGCUUGCAACGCCAGACAGCUACCGGUCAGUUGGGAAUCAAUUUGGAGUGGGCAAAUCUACUGUGGGGGCUGCUGUGAUGCAAGUAGCCCACACAAUCAAAGAUCUGCUGAUAUCAAGGGUAGUGACCCUGGGAAAUGUGCAGGUCAUAGUGGAUGGCUUUGCUGCAAUGGGAUUCCCUAACUGUGGUGGGGCUAUAGACGGAACCCAUAUCCCUAUCUUGGCACCGGAGCACCAAGCCGCCGAGUACAUAAACCGCAAGGGGUACUUUUCGAUAGUGCUGCAAGCUCUGGUGGAUCACAAGGGACGUUUCACCAACAUCAACGUGGGAUGGCCGGGAAAGGUCCAUGAUGCUCGCAUCUUCAGGAACUCUGGUCUGUUUCAAAAGCUGCAGGAAGGGACUUUAUUCCCAGACCAGAAAAUAACUGUUGGGGAUGUUGAAAUGCCUAUAUGUAUCCUUGGGGACCCAGCCUACCCCUUAAUGCCAUGGCUCAUGAAGCCGUACAUAGGCAGCCUGGACAGUAGUCAGGAGCUGUUCAACUACAGGCUGAGCAAGUGCAGAAUGGUGGUAGAAUGUGCAUUUGGACGUUUAAAGGCGCGCUGGCGCAGUUUACUGACUCGCUUAGACCUCAGCGAAACCAAUAUUCCCACUGUUAUUACUGCUUGCUGUGUGCUCCACAAUAUCUGUGAGAGUAAGGGGGAGACGUUUAUGGCGGGGUGGGAGGUUGAGGCAAAUCGCCUGGCUGCUGGUUACACGCAGCCAGACACCAGGGCGGUUAGAAGAGCACAGGAGGGCGCGGUACGCAUCAGAGAAGCUUUGAAAACCAGUUUCAUGACUGGCCAGGCUAUGGUGUGAAAGUUCUGUUUGUUUCUCCUUGAUGAACCCCCCCCCGCCCCUUGGUUCACUCU